AUGUAUAGGCUAGUUUUGGCCACAUUGAGAAUCAAAAGAGUUUACGUUUUGGUUGUUAUCAUCUCCGGUGUAGUCUUUUGGUACACCCUUAUAGACAUCGGGACCUCCGAUCUCAUUGAUUACUAUACCGGGUGUCGGGUUUUCGGUGUCAUUGGCGAUGUCGUCGUAAUGAAAAACUAUGAUAUGAUCAUCAGUUUUCCCAGCCACCACUACCGGCGCAUAAUACCACCCAUUUGUUACUGUUGUCAACACCCGGUACCAAGUGAUCGCCAAACGGGCAAACACAUAUUGUCAAAGAUAAAAGCAGCAAGUAACCCAAUGGCACGCGUGUCCUAUUCUGGGUAUAACAUGGAUGAUACCGAGCGUAAUAAGUUGGUCAAGCAAAUUCAGAAAGUGUUCCAGGACAGUGUGACUAAUUUUGAAACUCAACAAUGUUUAACACGGGACGAAGAGGACAUGGGUGUAUCGAAGUAUGACAAUUGCUAUCAAAUACUCUCCCUGGACCUUACAACCAAAUUGGCACCCUAUGUGGUUACUGUGGGUGAACCGGCCUAUUAUGGGGUGAACCAUGAUGUAAAGACUCACACAAAAAUGAUCGAGAUGAUUUUGGGAGAAUUGUACCUUAAUGCAAUUGAACUUAUACCAUAA